UGGGCUUUGGGUGUUCCUUACUCUGGGAAAGGAUUUAAAGCUGUCUGCCAGACCCGUGGGCUGUUACAACAAGACAGUGCCACAAUGCUGAGCUCAGGCCUGCAGAUUCCCCUCCUUUCCCUCCUCCUCCUCCUGCUGCUCACAGCGAUGGAGCUGAGCUGGUCCUUUACAGAUGAGGAAAAGGAGCUGAUUGUGGACCAGCAUAACCGGUAUCGUUCCACAGUUUCUCCUUUGGCUGCAAACAUGCUGAAAAUGCGCUGGGAUUCAGAACUGGAAGACUUUGCAAAAAACUACUCGACAAAAUGUACUUGGGAACAUAAUAAAGAACGUGGCUCCCGAGGCGAGAAUCUUUUUGCCAUGACUGGAAACCUGGAUCUGAAGAGAGCAAUGCACGAUUGGUACAUUGAGUACCGGGAUUUUAAUUACAGCACAUUGGCAUGUGAAGAGGGUAAAAUGUGUGGUCAUUAUACCCAGGUAGUUUGGGCUACCAGUGAGCGUGUUGGCUGUGGGACAACAUUCUGUGAAACCAUGGGAGUGAUAAAUGAGACUGACAUGCAUUUAUUUGUCUGCAAUUACCAACCCCCGGGAAAUAUAAAGGGACGUAAGCCAUAUGUCAUGGGAGCUUCAUGUUCCAUGUGCCCAGAUGGCUACUUCUGCAAGAACAAUCUUUGUGAUUCCACUGCUGGUGUAGAAGAAACUACUGUACCACCCACAGCAGCUACUAUCCUAACUGAAAGCCCAGGUUUGCCGUCCAUCAUAACAGUUUCAACAGCACACAUACCAGAAAUUGGCACCGAAGCAGGAUCAGAACCUCCCACUGCAGACGAUGAAGACACCACUUCAGGCUCCCAAAUUGGAACAGAAGCACAGCCCAUUGUGACAGAAGGGUCGGAUGUGGAUCCUUACCUGCAGACAGGCACGGAUGUGAUUGAUGAAUCCUUGAUGACCACAACCAGUGCUACGCCUUUUGUAAACUUAAUCCCGUCUUCUAUGCCUCCUGAAACAGAAACUAAAGAAACUACUGGCACAGAGCAUCUAUCUUCUGCUGAUGUCUUAACCCCAACCCAAACAUCCUUGAUCAAAACUGAGCGACCUAGAAAAAUGGCAUGGUGA